AUGGUUUAUAAUGAAUAUACUCUUUUCAUAACGCCAGAUCACUACUUCAUAAACGCAUUAGGGUCGAAAGCCUUCAUUAUAAUUGACAGAGUGUCACAAGAACUUAAAGUUGAAUUUGAAGAACCGGCCAUCCCAAGCGUAGCAAAAAAGCAUACAAUCUAUGGUAUAUGGGGGGUUGUACGUCUAGUUUCGGGGUUUUAUUUGAUAGUAAUUAAAGAACGUGAGCGAGUCGGUGAGAUAUUCGGGAACACUAUUCUAAAAAUAACCAAGAGCGUCAUAUUACCAUUUGCAAGGUCUGUACUUCAUUUGACAGAUAUUCAGAAUCAAGAUGAAUCUUUAUAUUGCCAAAUGCUUAAUAGUAUUCUGUCGUCAGAAGGCUUUUACUACUCGAGUACCUAUGACUUGAGUCACACAUUGCAACGUUUAUCGGAUACGGACCCAAAAUUCAAGGCAUCCAGUAUUUACGAGCGUGCAGAUACACGGUUUACGUGGAAUAAAUCUCUGUUGAAUGAAUGGGAAUCUAUGCUUAAUUCUACAUCAUCCUUCAAGCAUAAGCAAACAACCGGUUGGAAUCGCUUCGAUUACUGUGUACCUAUCAUUCAAGGAUAUGUUGGGAUAAUAUCAUAUCCAGAAAAUUUGUCUGACACUCUUAAGGGAAACCUCAUGUAUUCCCUCAUCUCUCGUCGUAGUAUACAUCGAACUGGAACAAGAUUCAACGCACGUGGAGUUGACGGGGAAGGGAACUGUGCGAAUACUGUAGAAACAGAACAAUUGGUCGAUAUUUCGGGGCAUAGGUUUUCUUUUGUUCAGCUUCGUGGUUCUGUGCCAAUAUAUUGGAGUCAACGACCGAACUUAAGAUAUAAACCAGCUGUUUUACUAGGUGGUAGUCAACUAUCUUCCAGUAUAACACACUCGGCUAACUUAACCGUUAAUGAGACUGAGAAGAAUUUGGAGGCAAUUCAAGCUAACAUUGCACGCCAACAUUUUCAUAGUUUAAUAUACGAUUAUGGUUACGGACGACAAACAAUAAUAAAUUUAUUAGAUCAGAAAGGGAUGGAACGUAAUUUAGGACAUGCUUAUGCUAUGGCCGUCUCAGCUUUAGAUGAAAAAGAAGUCAAAUAUGAAAGUUUUGAUUUUCAUCAUGAAUGUGGUUCAACUCGUUGGGAUCGACUGGGUAUCUUGUUAGAACACCUUAUACCAGAAUUAUUGAGAUCAAAACAACUACAUAUAGAUAUGAAUAACUCUGCAACAAUUAUUACUCGUCAAACUGGAACAUUUCGUUCAAACUGUAUUGAUUGCUUGGACAGAACAAAUGUGAUCCAAUCUAUGCUUAGUUGGUGUGCAUUAGAACAAGCAAUGAUUGAGAUUGGUAUAUUGCAAGGUACAGUUUCUCGAACAGCCGAUGCUAGUACUACAUCACCUCUAUCUCAUUUGUGGCCAGGUUUUGGGUUUCGUUUUAAAUCGAUUUGGGCUAACAAUGCAGAUUACUGUUCUCUUCAAUAUGCAGGUACACCAGCCUUGAAAACAGAUUUCACUAGAACAGGUAAAAGAACAUUCUAUGGUAUACUGAUGGAUGGUUAUUAUUCAAUAAUUCGUUAUUAUUUAAAUAAUUUCAACGAUGGCUUCCGUCAAGAUUCAAUGCAUUUACUUCUUGGCCAAUAUAAAGUGAUUGAUGUUAAUGGGAAUCUUAAGCCAUUACAUGGACCAGGUGGACCUCCUAGACGUCGCCUAAAAAAUUCUGAUUCUGAAUGGUUUACACAGUUUCUACCACUAGUAUUUAGUUUUACCUUAGCUAUGUCUGUAUUGUGUUGUAUCUUUCCUACAGCUCAUUGGACAGAGAAAGCAACUUACGUACUAUUCUGGGGUGGAGCUUCAGUUCUUUCUGCUUUAGCAAUAUUUGCCUACGGUGAUGAUUUUGUUGACCAUCCUCGAUUUUGUCCAGACUAA